ACUUGCCCCACUUUACCCCACCCAAGUCAUGAUGCAUGACCCACUGAGGAUAUCGAUGACAUCAUUUUAAGUUGCACCAAUUUCCUCUCGAAAUCCAUCAUGUCUUCCUCACUUGAACAGUCAAGUUUGACACCUUAUGUCUCAUCCUAUUCUAAGUGUUCACCCUUGGGUGCACUGUUCUCCAGAACUCUGCCAAGUUACAGUGGUCAAUAUCCAGUAGGAGUUCACAAUGUUGAAUUGUCAAUACCCAAGCAAUCCUUUGGGAACUUCAAGCAUAAAUCUAUGCCAGACGUGGAGGCAGGUCUUACGAUUGACACCGUGAUGUUCACUCUGUUCUACCCUGCAAUGUCACCUCAUGACACAAGCCAUCAAGCUGUUUGGUUUCCAAGAUUGCAUCAGACAAUUGAUGGCUUCCUCAAGAUGGCCAAACGCACACCCAAUUGUAUCUAUCGAGCAAUAGCAUAUCCAACUGCUGCUGCAGCUAUCUGGGGUAUGGCUUUCCCCAUGAUCGAGAAUGCACCAUUGAUGUCACCACCGCCAUCUGUGAGCAAAUGGCCAGUCAUCAUAUUCAGUCACAGCAUUGGCUGCUCAUGCCUGAUGUAUUCCGCUUUUUGCAGUGAGAUGGCCUCGCAUGGUACUGGCCCCAGCUCUCGCAUUACUGCCAAAGGCGGAAUCAAGCAAGACUUUUACUGGCUGGAUUGGUCAGACUUACACCGAAAAAACAAUACCACACUUUGGCAUGUUCAGCUUGAAGUCCGUAAAGCAGAGUUAGAACAUGUUAUCUGGGCCGUCUAUCACAUUUCUCAAAGUGAACAAGUACCACAGACCCACUUCUCCAGAGGGGCCUGGGAUUGGACGCCUUGGACUUGUGUAGACCCCUCAAACUCUAUCAUGACUGGACAUUCAUUUGGCAGUAGCUUGGCUUUAGCUGCCACCGCUUCCGGCAGUUUCCAUUUCUCCCAUGUAAUUGUCUUUGACCCUGCCACACAAUGUGAUUGAGUAUGAUAAAUUCCUCAUCAAUCAGCUGAUCGCUUUUCAGGACUUACGCCUUGGAAAGGACAAAUAUCUAGUCCCCUGCUGACCAUAAAUUCAGAAGAGUUCUCACUCGGAGCCAAAUUUACCAUACUGCAGGAGGUCACCACAACAGCAUCUUCCUGGCACACAUUCCUUUUG